UUCCAAAUCUCCCAAUCUUUCCCGCACAAACAAACCAGCGCCCCUUCCCUCGCCGCUCCCUCGAAGCAGCGAUGCCCCCCAAGGCGGAGAAGAAGCCGGCGGCGAAGAAGCCCGCGGAGGAGGAGCCCGCCACUGAGAAGGCCGAGAAGGUCCCCGCCGGGAAGAAGCCCAAGGCCGAGAAGCGGCUGCCGGCGGGCAAGACCGCCUCCAAGGAGGGCGGCGGCGAGAAGAAGGGCAAGAAGAAGGGCAAGAAGAGCGUGGAGACCUACAAGAUCUACAUCUUCAAGGUGCUCAAGCAGGUCCACCCCGACAUCGGCAUCUCCUCCAAGGCCAUGUCCAUCAUGAACUCCUUCAUCAACGACAUCUUCGAGAAGCUCGCCGGGGAGGCUGCCAAGCUCGCCCGCUACAACAAGAAGCCCACCAUCACCUCCCGGGAGAUCCAGACCUCCGUCCGCCUCGUCCUCCCUGGGGAGCUCGCCAAGCACGCCGUCUCCGAGGGCACCAAGGCAGUCACAAAGUUCACCUCCUCUUAGAUGCAUCUCUAGCAACUGUAGUUGGGUGCUGUUUAUCUAGAAUUUGGGUUGCUCAAUGGAAAUUGGUGGAGUAGCUGGGUUGGUGAUGUUACUGUGUCAUGUAACUGAUCGAUGUGAAAUACUAGUAUUGGUCUGCUGCAUCUUUUGGGAAA